AUGGCAACACUGCUCUCCUUGUCCACCGAGCUUGAAUUGGAUGUCAUCGAGCACCUCGAUACACCAUUCAACAACUCAUUCUUCUCUAUUUCUCGGGAUCUCCUGAGCUUGAGUCAACUGCCAAAUCUGGAACACGUCAUCGUGCAAUUCGCGUGGACAAAGUAUCCAUCAACGGAUGAAGGAAUGCACCGAGAUGAGUACAAUUCGACAGAGGAGCUUCAAGGUCAGGGAACAGAUGUUGAGUUCCGGUCUUUGAUGUUGCAGUCCUACGAAGCGUUGGCACGUAAUCCGCCAUCUUACAUCAAAAGUCUGGAGCCAAGGAAUGUACUGGCGCACACAUGCUCUGCGUGGAAUACGGCAGAAUUCCAGGAAUCGCUGAAAGAACUUUCUUCCUUUUCAAUCUCUCUUCAAGGAGGUGACAAUGGAGCUGGCGGGAGUAUCAACACAACACCCGGAUACUUCGAAUUCAUCCCGGAGCUAGAUUUUUACUUCUUCGAACAUCUGAAAAUUAUGACGCAUUUCAGUUCCGCCACCACAGACGAUGGCCCGCCAGCGAUCCAAGAAGAUACCAGGAUCAGCGCGCUGCGACUCUGCGAGAUGCAUAUGCCGCAAUUACGAAGAUUGGAAUUGGAGAGUGUUUUUAUUAGCCAGUCACUUUCUGCAUUCAUCCCCGCUCAUGGCGACACCCUCGAGUCUUUGUAG